AUGGACUCAACGACUGUAAAGAGCGUUAAAAGCAGCCCCGUUUCGCCCUUCCAGUUCUUUCCCACCACGCCUCAAUGUCCCUCCCUCUCGCCUUCAUCCUCACCAGAGUCUUCCCACGUUACCGCUCUCUCAUACAAGGAUGAUCCCUCACCACCAAUCGGCUUGAGCCUCAGCCCGCCUUGCGCCACGUCAGCCCAAAGCGAAGACGACGAUCAAAUUUCUCCCUCCGUUGAAUCAGCAAAAGUUUCAGCUGACGUAUCCUCACACUGGAAGCUUCCCCACCCCAAGACAAUCAAGCCGCAGCCAUCUACCGUUCCUCUCCCCGGCGCGGCGGAGACAGAAACUAAGGCAGCUCCGUCCGGACCUACCCCUUUUCCUCACUUCGCCACACCAGCAGCAGCACCUGUUCCUUUCGGCCACAUUCCUCCCUACCCAGCGGCAGCUGCGGCCGGAUGGUGGGCUCCUUUCGCCACCUUCCCCUCUCACAUGCUUCUCGCCCACUCACCCGCCGCCGGUCAAGCGCAGCAGCAGGCGAUGGGGGCGCAGCAGAGGCUUUUUGUUCCCAAUGCGCCGCCGUGGUUCUGCUUUGGUCCGCCGCCAUUCCUUUCCCCUGCACGUCCUGCCCUACUGGCCCCUGGUGGUCCCGCUUCGGACGUAAACAUGGAGAUCAAUAAAAGCCUUAUGGCUGCCAGUAAGCCUUCCCUCUCUGGCGACGGUUCUCGCUCCCGCGUGCUUUCUUCUGUGGCGACGAAAGCUACUGUCAAGCGAAGCCCGUCGGCGAAAUUGGCGGCGAAACCAGUGGAGGUGUUACCACGUGAGCGGCUCCCGUCGGGAUUUCGCCCGUGGAAGGCUGCGAGCAGGAGCUCUGGGUCGAAUGACACGUCAGCCCUGCUCUCGUCCAAUGGCGCCACGACAACGUGCUCUGCUGCUGUGGAAGCAUGCGCAUCAUCCCGUCAAGCCGUCUCAUUCGCGCUGAAACCGUGCAGCCAGGGCACGGAGGGCCUUCAGAAAGUGAAGGCGGGCGGACAGCCAAUUCGGCCAGCAGCGCAGCAGCCAGGGGCCCUGGCGGGUCCGGUCAACGCAGUCAACCCAGUCAACGCAGUCACCCCCGUCAACACUAAUAGUCCGAUGGGUCAUCUACAGACUCCUCUUCGCAUCCUCCCAGCUAUCUCCCCUAUCCCCAGCUUCCAUUCUGCUGCUGCUGAUCAAGCCAGAGCUUAUGCUUGCACCAUGGGUCAGUACCCUGGUUUCCCCUGGACCGCGGCUGCAGCUGCCGCUGCUGCUGCUGCUGGUGCUGGUGCUGGCGGUGCUGCUGGCGCUUCUGCUGCUGGAGUAUUCGGCUUUCUGAACCCUGGGGGAACGGUUGCUGCUGAGGCUGGAGCAGGAGUGGUGGGGGACAAGAGAAGGCUUGGGAGGGCAGAGGGCGCAGCGGCUGGGAGCGUGGAUGUGCAAGGAAAGAGGAAAAAGAGGCAAAAGCAUGGAGGGGUGGGUUCCGAGGUGGUGGAGGGCCCUGCGGCUCUGAGAAUGAAUGGGAAGAGUGGAGAAAUGGAGGGAGAGUGUGGCCGUAGCAAGGAGCAAGAGGAGGAGGAGAGGUCAAAGGAUAAUGAAAAGGAGAGGGAGAAGGAGAAGGCGUGCAGGAAUUGUGGGACGCACACGACUCCGUUCUGGAGGAAGGACCGAUCAGGGAGUGGGCAGCACCUAUGCAACGCAUGUGGGCUCUACCUCGCCAAGAAUGACGCCCCCCGGCCCUCUGUGCUCUGGAAGAAAGAUUCCCAAGGGACUCCAGACAACACCAGCCCUGUAGUUGCUGCCAAGGCUUGA